AUGGACAAGGAUCAAAAGCUGAUCGCAUUUCUGGAUUGUUUAGGCCCAGACGCAGAUGUCGAUUCUGCGCAGCAGCUUCUCGAGUCUCACAGCUGGGACCUGCAGGCAGCUCUUGAGACGGUCACAGGAAGGGGGCAAACGGCCGUCUCUGCAGAGGUGCCGCUGCAGACGGAUGAGGCCAGACCGCCUAUGAGAACCGGCUUCGUGGACAGGCUCAUCCAUUCUCCCGAGGAGGAUGAUGAGGCCAUCGCGAUGGCCCAGUCAGCAGUAGAUGCAGCUGAUGAAGCUUCUGCGAGGCUUGAGAGGGUGCUGCUGGAGAGUCAGCAAGCCUUCGAUCAGCAGGCCGAGAUUCAGGAGCAAGCCGCGCUGGCACAAGCACUUGAAGCGUCCGAUGCCGCUGUGAGCCGUUCACAGCGAAGGAUGUCUAGCCGGGCAGAGAAUGAGGACUCUUCCCUGGCCUCCCGUGGGCCUGUGCAGGGUGCGGCUGGGCGGGCACUGCGCUCGGAGAAGGCUUCGCCAGAGGCAUCGGAGGAUGAUGAGGCCAUCGCGAUGGCCCAGUCAGCAGUAGAUGCAGCUGAUGAAGCUUCUGCGAGGCUUGAGAGGGUGCUGCUGGAGAGUCAGCAAGCCUUCGAUCAGCAGGCCGAGAUUCAGGAGCAAGCCGCGCUGGCACAAGCACUUGAAGCGUCCGAUGCCGCUGUGAGCCGUUCACAGCGAAGGAUGUCUAGCCGGGCAGAGAAUGAGGACUCUUCCCUGGCCUCCCGUGGGCCUGUGCAGGGUGCGGCUGGGCGGGCACUGCGCUCGGAGAAGGCUUCGCCAGAGGCAUCGGAGGCAGCGACGGCACAGCAUGCGCCAGGGCCAGCGGCAGCCCCGGUAACUUCAGCAAGCUCCGCGACGGCUGCUUCGAAGAAGGUGCUGCCAGAACAGCUGCAGCAGGCGGCGCAAGAGCUGGCAAAGAGCUUCUCUCAGCAGGAUCUCCGGGCAGAAAAGGAGUCUGGGCACGUCGCCACCAAAGCCACAGAGGAGGCAUUGGAAGAGACGCUGCUGGAGGCGAUGAAAGAGGUGGCACGCCACCCGGAGAAAGCAGAGGCACAUCAGAAGCUGGCAAGAGUGGAGGAGGCCAUCCGACACAAGACCACCAACAGCACGGACUUCCCUCGGAGCUCCUCGGAACAAAAGCUGCGGGCAGACAAGGACAGCGGCAAAGCCGGGAGCUCGUCCGAAGCCGCGGAGAAGGUGCCAGAUGCAAAGCAACAAGCAGAGCUGCACCAUGCCUUGGAAAAGGUGGUCUCUAACCCCGACAACUCGCUUGCCCAGCUUCAACUUGGUGCCGCAUUCAUCCGAGUGCAGGAUUUCGAAGGUGCCGCGGAGGCCUUUGAAAGAGCCUCCUUGUUGGAGCCCAACGACCCGACCGCCCACUACGCGCUGGGACAGACGAAGCACAAGCUUGGGAAACUCCGAGAGGCGGAGGCCUCCCUGGAAAAAGCCAUCAGCUUGAAAGCCGACGAAGGCUGCAAGGCUGCUCUUGCAGCAGUGCGCAAGGAUCCGCGUCCUGAGCCAGCCCUGUCGCCGGAGCAGGACCCGUACGAUGAUGAUGACCCUGAAGACGAAGACUAUGCGGAUGACUUCGAGGAUUUUCAAGACUCGGAUGAGGAGGAGUCGGUUGCAGGCGAGAACGAAGACGAAGGCCUGUCCCAGGAAUCAGCAGGUGAAGCCAAGGCCAAGAAGGAAAAGGCCCUGGAGGAGGCCCUGCAAGCGGUGAAAGCCGCGACGACGGAGCUGAAAGAAGUCGAGAGAGCGGCAUUGCAUCGGAAGCUGGGGAAGGCCAGGAGAGAUCUCAAGGACUGGGCCGGUGCCCAGGAAGCCUUCCUGGGGGCCGUGCGCUUGGAUCCGGGCGACGCGGACCUCUUCAAACUUCUGGGGCAAACGCAGCGCGAGCUCGGCAAAGGCGACGAGGCCGAGGCGUCUCUUUGCGAGGCUCGCCGCUUGCAGCCGAAGAAUUCCAGGCGCCAUGCCGACUUGGGCGAUUUUUACCGAGACUACAAGAAGAGUUUGGAGGCUGCAGAGAAAUGCUUCGAGGAGGCUUUCCGAUUGAAGUCUUCGAAUGUGGAGUACCGGGCAAAGCUGGCGAAACUGCGCCAGGACCUUGGGAAGCGAGGAGACUUGCCACGGGAAGCCCAGGAGAAGGCGAGCCCUGCGAAGACGGGCAAGGAAGCCGGGGCGACAGAGGUCGACUCAUCGGCCAAGGAGGCAGAUUCAGAUGCCAAGGCUGCCAAGCAGGCCGCGAAGGCAUUCCAUGUGGGCCAGAACCACAAGAAGAACGAAAGGCAUCGAAAGGCAGAGCACUGGUUCAGUGAGGCAGUGCGCCUGCAGCCGACGAGCGCUAAAUACCAGGUGGGCCUGCACGGUUGA